GUCAGUUUCGUUUCCCGGGCGGUCUCGGAGCGCUCGUGCGUUUCAGGCAGGGUCGGUUCCUGCGCGCCGGGUCCCCCAGGAGCGCCAUGGCGGAGCUGUUCCCUCUGGCCGAGGAGCUGUCUUGCUCCAUCUGCCUGGAGUCCUUCAAGGAGCCGGUCACCACCCCAUGUGGCCACAACUUCUGCGGGGCUUGCCUGGAUGAGACGUGGACCUGUUCGGGCUCGCCGUACCGGUGCCCGCAGUGCCGCGCCGUCUACCACGUGCGGCCUCAGCUGCACAAGAACACCGUGCUGUGCGCGGUGGUGGAGCAGCUCCUGCAGGCCGAGCUGGCGCAGGAGGCGCUCCCCGACGGCUGGACGCCACCAGCCCGCGCACAGACCCCCAGCGCGGCCCACCAGGUGGCCUGUGACCACUGCCUGAAGGCGACCGCCGUCAAGACCUGCCUCGUGUGCAUGGCCUCCUUCUGCCAGGAGCACCUGAAGCCGCACUUCGACAGCCCUGCUUUCCGUGACCACCAGCUGCAGCCUCCGGUCUGCGACCUGAUGCGCCGAAAGUGCCCCCAGCAUAACCGCUUGAGGGAGUUCUUCUGCUCCGAGCACCGCGAGUGCAUCUGUCACGUCUGCCUGGUGGACCACAAGACCUGCUCGCCGGUGCCCCUGAGCCAAGCCACCGCCGACCUGGAGACCAAGAUGAAACAUAAGCUGACUGUCUUAUAUGGCCAGAUUAAUGGAGCGUCGAAGGCUUUGGAGGAUGUGAGAGCCAAGCAGCAGGCUGUGCGGGAGACUGCACAGAAGAAGGUGGAGCAAAUUAGCCAAGAAUUCCUGGAAAUGAAGGCUCUCAUUGAUGCCUCAGAGGCCAGCUUGACACGAAAGAUCAAAGAAGAGGAGAAGCGGGUCACUGUCAAGUUUGACAGCAUCUACCAGAUCCUUCUCAAGAAGAAGAGUGAGAUCCAAAACCUGAAGGAGGAGACUGAACUUGCUCUGGCUAAGGGGGACGAGUUCGAGUUUCUGGAGAAAGCAGCAAAACUACAGGGAGUUACCACGAAGCCUGUCUACAUCCCCAAGGUGGAGAUGAAUCACGAGUGGAUAAAGGUCAUCUACCAGAGCGCAUUAGACCUUAAAAAGGAGAUGAAGCAAUAUGUAAAGCAGUGCCAGGACAAGGCCAAGGAGCCCACCUGCCCAGGGGACCCAGGGGAGCAACAGCCGACGACCCCACACAAACCCUCAUACCCUAUGAAGAAGGUCCCCAAAGAAGAAAAGAAAGCCAAGAAACCUUCCAUUGCUGCCGCCGCUGCCCCUACCUCCCCCAGCAAGGUUCUCCCCUCCACAUCCUCAGAACAGUCAGCGAAUUUAAAACAAGUCCCAGAGGGUGCAACCAAAAUGACCCCCUUGCAGCCAAAUGCAAUGUUUCUCAAGGCCAAGGUGCUGGAGGCCUUCUUAGCCAAGUCCAGGGCCGAGCUCCUGGAAUAUUCCACAAAAGUCAUCUUGGACUACAACACCUCACACAACAAGGUGGCUCUGUCUGGGAACUACACCGAAGCUUCUGUGGCUGACACCCCCCAGAACUACCGACCUCACCCCCAGAGGUUUGUGUCCUGCUCUCAGGUGAUGGGCCUGCACUGCUACAAGAAGGGGAUUCACUACUGGGAGGUGGAGAUGCAGAAGAACAGCUUCUGUGGGGUGGGCAUCUGCUAUGGCAGCAUGGACCGGCAAGGCCCCGAGAGCCGGCUUGGCCGCAACAGCGCCUCCUGGUGCGUGGAGUGGUUCAACAACAAGAUCUCUGCCUGGCACAACAACGUGGAGAAAACCCUGCCCUCCACCAAAACCACGCGGGUCGGUGUACUUCUCAACUGCGACCAUGGCUUCGUCAUUUUCUUUGGGGUUGCCGAUAAGCUCCACGUGAUGUAUAAGUUCAAGGCGGACUUUACUGAAGCUCUGUACCCAGCCUUCUGGGUGUUCUCUGCUGGUACCAUGCUCUCCAUCUGCAGCUCCAAGUAGGCAGGCCCUAUGCUUGGACUGCUGUGGGGUCCCCAGAACUUUAGUGAACUCGCUAUAAAUCAAAUCUCUUAGAGAACUUCCCUGACAGUCCCCAAGAAUUGAAAGAAUAGAAGGGGACUUGGAAGGAGAGACGGUGAGGAGACUGGCUAAGAGAAAAGGGGUUUGGCCAGAGAAAGGGGUGGAGAUGAUUGUGUUGUGAGCAAGGAAGCGUUUCGACUUCCAGGUACUCGGGACAGGGCGGCCUCCCCUGCCCCACCCCUUGUUCUGGUAGAUCUCCAGGCUGCUGGCCAGCUGGCCAAGGCCUUGGGGAAUAAAGUCAUUGUGCCCCUUCCUCUUACACAGCACCCACACCCCUGCAGGCUCUUCUCGGGCUAUUGGAUGUGUGCGCCUUUGCUCUCUGGAGUAGCCUUUCCUGCUUUGAUAAUUCUCUAUGCAGCUAUUCAAUUCUAGAAUUUAAAAAAUUGCAAAUCAUAGAAUUUCAGUACUACUACUCUCCUAUGUACAUGUAUGUGUGUGUGGAGGGGGCGGUGAAAGGUAUUUUCAGACUUUUGGUUAUUUCCUGUGCUUGAAGGCACCUCUCCCAGCAGGUCUCCACCCAGUUUCCCAAAGAAGCAUGUUCUUUUCCUUUACUGGAAAACAGCCCAGCUCCUCUUCCUGACCUGCACACCUCACCACCUCAUCCAAGAUUUCCAAAUGUUUACUCAAGCAGGAAAUUUUUCAGUCUGGGAUUUCACACCAUGAGCCAAGUCAGCCUGUACUGAAUUAUGAUUCAAACUCGAGGUGACCCAGGCCUAAAACCCUCUCCCAAGUAUUGCAAAAGGUACUCAGAAGCAUCGUCAGCAGAGACACCACACUGUGGCUACUGUAUGGAGCCUUGCUGGAGGCCUUGCUGUAGCCUAGGCUUUGGGGUAAGGAACUCCACUGGUAAGUGGAACCCUAACCAGGCCUAUCGGAAAUGUGGCUUCCCUCUUAUUAGAGCAUCUUUCUUCUUAUGGAUCACACUGCUCGGUGGACUGGCAGAGAGGCUGGACUGGCAGGUGGAGGCAGGCCACUGACCCAGUGUCAAGCAGGAACAGCUAAGCACAAUAUCCAAAGCAGCUGUCGCACAGACAGACCCAGGGGACCAUAGUAGUUUACCUGCUGGGGUGACUGUGACCCAAAGGGCCUUACAGAAGAUGUCAUGGGAACAGCCACAUUGCUAUUCCUCCCGGUUUCAGGCUGCAGACUCAGCGCUGGCCCUCACCUGGCACGAGACAGGGGCAUGUCACCGGCCCCAGCUGCUGUCUUCCAGGUGUGCAGGUUGAGCAGGCAGGCUAGAUUGAGGAGACCUUUAGGACCAGGGGGGGCAGCUACAGGGCUGUUAGCACAAAAAGUAGCCAAACAGUCCAAAGGGUUAUUUUCCUGCAGUGUUUCUGUGUAGUGAAGAUAACCUCAGGAGUUAAUGGCCACUAAGGGGCAGGAGUGCAUGGAGUGCUGGCAUUUUCCAGAAUUCCUUCUACCCUGAUGUCUGAAUAUCAAUCAGCCCAUCCCCAAAGUGGGAGAUCUAACCUCUUGUGGCCUUCUCAAGAGAGGAGCUCAAGCCAGGCUCCUUGUGGUAUUUAAAAAAAGGUCACCACUGCGAAAGUGGGGCCCCAUACAUUUUCAUGUGCAUGCUUGAGAAUGAACACUCUGGCCUUGUGCUGGAAUUCCAUGGCCUUGUGCUAGCAUACUGUGAUGCUCUGGUCAGGCCCAGGAACUUGGUGUUGAUCUGGGCCAGCUCUGAUCAGGCCUUUCACUGCCGUGGGAGAGAGAUUGUCUGUAGGGAACACAUCCCUGCAGUAGCUGAAAUGUGGAUUUUAAAUGUUUUCUUCUUCAAUACUUGGGAGAAAAAUUCCUUGGUGAUUCUUCUCUGCUUUUGGAGAUGUUCAAUAGCAUCUUCAUCGAUAUGAAAUAAAAGCCCUGGCUGAAGCCAGUUCAUACUUGGGAAACAGCAAGGCUGAGAGGAAGAGAAUGCCAAAGAUGAAUCCCUGGGCCCUACUCUGGCUCCUCUGUAGAAAGGAGGGCAACAGAGAGGGCUCUUCCCUGCUAACGCAUAGCUCAGGUAGGGAAGCUCACUAAGUCCCUCUGUUUAUGAGAGAGGCAGGUAGGUAGCCCAAGCUGAGUCCUGUGCAGGGGGCUCUGGAGAUGUGAAUUGAGGCUUAUAAGCCCCUAAUGUCUUGACCUUACAUCUCCCCCUCCCUUGCAAGGCUGCUACCCAACCCUAGAGUCUGAGAGUUGGGGGGAACCCUUGUAGUCAUUGACUUAUUCUGCAUAGUAAGUCAGAUGCAAGAUAAGAGGAUGAGUCCAUUCACCACUCUUGCCAUCCCAUAAUAGAGGAGCUGCUGCUUAAGAGUGUGUGAGGGAACCACCCUUGUAGCCUGGCGGAUUACUAGAAAUUCCCGAAACAGAGAAUUACAAUCCCAGGCAUCAGGGGCUGUCUCUGUGCCCCUGGCAUGACGCACCAAAGUCAGUUCUUGUAUUAGUCAAGACUGGCUGACCCUCAUUUUACUUUCUCUGAAGUAAAUCUGCGAUCUCUAAUUUAGACUGAUAUAGUAUCUCUUACCUUAUUCUCAUCCCUCCCCCACUAUUGGUUUUAAUUAAUUAGGGGUAUUUGAGCUAUUCUUUCUUGAACUUACUCUUUUAGAGUUGAUUCUUCAGAAGAUAAUCAGGCUAGAGAGACAGAUCUUUUGAAACCGAUGAGAAAUACUAUGGCUGGCCAAUACUGGCUGACGUAUAACAAAGCGGUGUUUGAUUUCUUUGCAUCCUAUUGCUUGUAGAAAAUGGUACCCUGGAGCUUCAGAGCCCAUCCAGGUCCCACCCAGCUGCCCCCAGGGGUUGAGACAUCAGCAAAUCUGCAGCAGGUUGGAGGCCCGCUAUGGGUGUGGCACCCCUCAGGAGGCAUUUGAUAAAGGAUUCCCAGUCCUUGUGGCCUUUGCUGCAGAACUUCUGAGGAUGGGACAUGGGGAGAGAAGUGGGCGGUAUGAGAAAGGUACCCCAUUUACUGCUAAUCAGCAUGAUAAUGUCAGUGCUCACGUUAUUUUUUCUGUUGUAUAUGUUGGGAAUCACCUAUAAUAAAACGUUUUAAAAAAUACGAAAAAAAGAAAAAAAGGGCCUCCCCUGGUGGUGCAGCAGUUUCACGCUGGGCUGCGAAGCUGCCACAGCCUCUGCAGUGCCGGUUCGAGAUCCCUGCCUCCGGCGAGGGUCCCACAUGGCGCGCAGACCUCUCCUGCCUCCCGCUGCUCCCCUCAGCAGUGUACUUCGGUCCUUCUGCCUGC